CCGGGGACAAGGUUGAGAUCAAACCGGUCGUUAAAAAAAAAUUUCACGAAUUUUAUGAUAAACAAAUGUUUAAUGCUCGUUUACUCGAGAGUGUGAAAAUUGUGACUGGUUGGGCAUCCAUUUUUCAUGGAAGUAUUUGUAACGAGUUGUCGUUGUGAAAUUGGGUUGCCUGUCUUAUCAAACUUAAAUCUGAGUAUAAAAUAUCGAUAAAUUAUAGCUGGGAGGCUUGUUGGAACACCCAAUUCGCCUGUGCAUUUCGUUCGGUCGGGCGUUCGUUCGGGAGUUGCUGUUUACUAAACGACGCAUAUUCCACUAUGACAGCUCGUAGUGUUUUUCGUGAAUAGAGGCUGGAAGUGUCUAGCAGUGAAAGGACACUUUGUUGUACAUAAUUGUGAAAAUAGCAAGCAAGCUUCCAUCAGCUGUGUCAGUUUGUGAUGAAGGUCGGGACUUACUGCACCUUUACUAUGUGAACUCAGAAUACCUUGCCCAUAAACCUGAAGACUUGAAUAGACUCUAUAAGGCAAACAAAGAAUGGCAGCUGAAGAAUUUGUUCUUCGUUGGAAUAACCACCAACAGAACUUUGCUGCUGUGGUAGAAGACCUAUGGAGACAUGACACCUUCACAGAUGUUAUCCUUUGCUCUGAGGGGAGGGUGUUCCCCGCUCACCGUGUUAUUCUUUCUGCUUGUAGUCCCUAUUUUCUUGAAAUCCUCAGCAAAGUGCCUGAGCACCAGCAUCCUGUCGUGUUCCUCCAAGGGGUACCCCUCAAGGAUCUACAUUCUUUGCUCACCUUCAUGUAUUCAGGGGAGGUGGUUGUGUCAGCUGGGUGUGAUAUGGCCUCGUUCUUUCGAACAGCUGAAAAUCUUCAAAUCAAAGGAUUGGCAUCAUCAUUGUUUCCAUUUGCUGUAGCUCCCGAACCUUUAAACACGCCACUCAGCACGAGUGAGGGAGGUGCAGGAUCAGUGGAAAACAUAAACGCAGGUUACCCUGUGAGCCGUCCAACACCGGGAAAUAGUGGAACUGUUAGCCCCCCCAUCACAGGUGACAGGCGAAUCCAUCACGUUUCAAGACCAACUAUAGUAUCCGAACCAAUGCGGUCAUCGUCAACCGAUGUGGAUAGUCCGCAGCAGCAUCAUCAUCAAACAACAAGGAUAGAUGACAGGAUUACGUCUUCUCCUGGACGCUCAAGUCCACCUCAACCAUUGCCCAUUCGCGCGCCUGUUAUCGCUCCGGUCGGAACCGAGCAGCAUGUCUAUUCUCAACAUCACAGCAGCAUGCUUUUGUCCUCCUUAAUGGGCACCAGGUACUCACCAACACCACUCACCAACCGAUUAAUACCUGCCGCCUUACCGGUGGGUUUACCAUCUCCAUCGGCCGGACGACCCCCGGUAGUUGUGGCCACUCCACCGAUAGGAGUUGGACCCGAAGGACCUUGGGUUCCUCGACAACAACCCGUCAUCCCAAUUGCUCCACCACCACAAGGGCCUACCGCCUCUCAACGAAUGCCUACCUACCCUCCUCCUCCUCCGUUACCAGGACCGUCGUUCAGUAGGCGAGGUCGCCCACCAUCUGAUGUCAACGCUCCUCGUCAAGAGCCCGCUCCGACCGCCGCCGCGUCGACAAUAGCUGUGUCCGAAGUGCCUGCUGCAGUUGCAGUGGCCGAACCACGACCAACACCGUCCGCCCAAAACCAGCCGUUGCGAGUGACAGUCGUGACACCCCAAGGACCAGUUACCAUGUUCCAGUGUCCCUAUUGCGGCAAACGCUUUCGGCGGAGAGAUCACUUGCGUCAACACAUCCGCACCCACACCGGUGAAAAACCUUUUCAAUGCAACACCUGCGGCCGCCGAUUCAGCCAGUCGCAACAAGUGCGAAUCCACAUGCGUGUUCAUUCCGACGCCUCGACGACUGGAUCGGCCAGCCACCCACCACACGGCCUACCAACGCAGGGUCAAGGAUCACUCACAGGAGCCGGGCAUAGUCGAAGUAGUAGAGGUCGCGAUUCCUACCGCGGCAGCAGCAGUAGCAGCGUUGGUAGCGCUCCUAGAGAAGCCUUUGUGGCCGAAUCGGACGUUCAAUCUAAUGUGAUCGCCUCUCAGCCGGGCGUUGGCGCCGGCUCCAACGGGAGUCCACGGGCCUCUUCAGCCGCUUCGGCCCUCGCAACGACCUCCCCUCCGCCACUGAUACAGACCAAACCGACCAGUCCUCCCAGUCCUUGUGACCAGGAUUCACCGACGGCCAACAAUAAUAACGCCUAAUGGUGGUAGGUCGGGGAAUUUAGGGGGAAGUGGAGAGUAAUCCAAUGGGGAAAAAAAUCUUGUUUUCACAUUUAAAAAAAAUCAUUUUAACCUAAGCCUCGUGCGAUAUCCAAGCGCCAUUCAUCGUACUGCCGUACCAUGUUCAAUGCUCUUUUAACAAAUUGAAUUUCCCUGCCCUAUUAAUUACCACCCCAUAAUAUCUUUCUCUCCAUUUUGGGGUUGGUUCACUGCCAUCAACCGGUCGAAUUCUUUUUCACUCCAUUUUUCUCUUUCGCCCUCGCGGUGAAAGGAGUGUAUGGGGUGAAACCGGUUAAUCGUUGCUUUUUUUUUUAUUAUAUAUUAUCGUUGAUUAACCGUGAGCAUUUAAAAGAGCAAUUUUUCCACCAUUUUUUUUUUGCGUGAGCGUGCCUAGUAGGAUUUGCUCUUGAAGGUCGGUGCCUUUGAUUGGGUUAAGCAGAGAUAGACAAUGCGCUAGAUAGGCGACAGAAGAGGAAUAGGCGCAGCGUUGUGUUAGUGAACAGCCCAGUGAUUGUGAUCAUUGAAACCAGAGACCCAGAAUAUGAGCCAGCGAAUGAGCGUGAGAUUGAGAAAUAGAGAGAAGAGCUGAUUGUGCGAAUAAACGCAUGUCAGAACAGUCUGUGAUAACCCAGUUGAGUUAGAAUCGACAGAAUUGCACAGCGGAAAAUCCCCCUCCCCCCUUAAAAAAAUUUCAAUGUUGCAACUAACUCGUGAUAAAAGGCGCUGUGCUUCUUGGUUGAUAUGUUUCAUGCGUAUCGUUAAAAAUAACUCGUAAGUGAAAGAAGUAAAAAAAAAAAAAAGACGUGGAACCAACUGUGAAAGGAUAUGUCGCGCCAAGCCAUCAAAUGUGUACGUUUGUUACCCCCUCCUCCCCCCUUUAAAUCGCCCCACCCUUCCACCCUCUUUUGUAGAGUCACAGUUCUCAAGCCGAGUGAAUGAUGGGCAACGACGAGUAAUGCGCUACUUAUUUCGUGAAAUCCAACUUGUGAAUUCAAUUUUUCUUUGAAAUAAUUCCCCGUUUUCUAGGCAAAGAAAGUAAAAAAAAUAGUAAUAAUAACCAUAUGGAAAGGAUCAAAUCAUUGCACGGCAUUCGAUCGUGCAUAGUUAGAUGUAGUAGUUAUAUUAAAGCUUCAAUCCCCCCACACAUUUUCAGUAGUUGUUUCCCAUCUGUUCUCUUAGAAUUCUACAUCUCGUCGUUGCGUAGUACCACACUCGUUGCUCAACCAUUUGGACGUGACUGACUUGCGUGCCUUUUCUGUCCAUGAAUGGUCAUCUGUUUCCCUUCCUCCUCCCACCUCCUUUUUCUCCCUUUUUUGUAAUCGAACAUUCAUCUGCCGGGGAUAUCUGUUUUCAAAACAAGUCCAGCAGUUAGUCGAUUAGCGUUUUCUCUCCGAUCUUCCUCUACACACCAUUUUGUCGUUUCCCUCUUCGAGAAUGCAGAUUUUUUGCUGCUACUUAACGACCUUAACCCUUAAACAUUUCGAUUCUUUCCCUCAAAGGGCUUUUUCAUUGUUCCCCCCUAUUGUUUCCAUAGUUUUGUGACCGUGCGUAUGAAUGAGUGAAACCGACAUCAUCGCAUUGAUUAGAAAUUUUUUGUGACGGUAACAACAAAUGCGAGUCAGUUUUUAGCGUAUUGAGUACCAACAACCGGUGAUUUGUGAAAAACAAAAAGUGAAAAACAAAAGAAUGGCGCAAACGGUUUGUGCGGAAUCGAAUCUAGUCUUGCAUUCGGAAGAUAAAUUUUUUAAAGUUUCGUUUAAUUCCUCUUUAAAAGAAAAGUGAAGGUCAGAUGUAGACAUGAUCUGUUAAAUUGUUUGUUUUUUUGGCUUGUUUAAAAUUUUUUUUGAUUCAUUUAAAAAAAAAGAAUGGAUGAUAUCUCGAACCCACAAACUUCUAAAGAUAUAACACCAAAAGAAAAAAAAAGAUGUGCCUGAUUUCGACUGUGAAUGCUUUCAAACACAAACCCAGAUUCGGUAAUAAUGAGAUGAGGAAAGGACAAGAGGAAGUGAAUACCAAGAAGAGAAGACGGGAAUUGGUACCGGUACCUGUGUGCGGCUGUGCGAUGUUCAAUGAUUUCCUAUUAGUUUAUGUUAUACAUUAUAUUAUCCUUCUUUUGAUUCCUCUUUUUUUUCCUUAAUUACUACUACUGGCGCCUGCUUUUUUGAUCGCUCUCCAAUUUCCCCUCUUUUUGAUACGUUCGUUUUUUCCCCCUUUUUUGUCUUUUCUGAGUGAAUCUUGUGUGACAAUGAUGUCGUUGAUUCGCGUCCAAUGUCAAGGCGCAAUACUCAUUAUUAAUGUCUUUUUCGUGUUUAAAAAAAAACUUCUCUCUCAAGCGCAAUGAUCGGUGAAGCGUGGAUGUCUAAUGUUAAGUUUUGUUCAAUAAUUUUUCAUUUGAAAUUUUUUUUAAAACCCUUCCGGUUGAUUAGCAUCUUCUCCUCCUCCCUCCCCCUCCCCCCGAUCUUUUUCUACUUUUUUCGUCGUUGCCUUUUUGCCUCUUAUAUAGAGUGUGUAACUCGUGUUCUUUUUUUUGUCACAUGACACAAUCGACUUGGUCGAUCCUGUCAAAAAAUCCUUAUCUGUUUUCGUUUAUUUUUUGUUCUGCGCCCAUUGCCGAACCAGUGAGGGUAUAAGAAAAAAACAAACAAACAAACAAAACAUUACCUUGCUACAUUAGUGAGCGAAUCAGUACGUGUUGUCCCGCCAACUGCGACUCCUACUACUGAAACUCACCUGAAUCCACAAAAGUGGGAUGGGGAGGUGGAGCUGUCUAGUCGUUGCUUUUCUGUUCAUCGCAAAUGCGAUAACGAAAAAGGAGGGAGUUGGUUUACUCCAACUUGUCAGCAAUAAUUAAUGGCCGAACAGAAUAUCAAGAGAGAAAGAGUGAAACAAUUUUACGACCGUACAUUACGGUGGAAAACGGAAUAGUUGCGUGUAUGGUUGGUGUGUGUAUAGUGAUGGUAUUCAAACUCUCCACAAUCCCCCCCCCCCCCCCCUCCCUGAAACAUUUCUUAAUUUCUUAUUUUCCUGGAUUUCUUUUUUUAAAUAAUAAUAAUCGGAGAGGGCGGAUGCUGCACAAAAUGUGAUACGGUUUUAAAAGAAUGGUAUUGUUGAGCGUGAUUGAUGAUUGUUUGAAUUAGCGACAGCGUUUUGAAUGCACUUGAACACUACGACUCCUCCCUCCCCAUCCAUAAAAAGAAAAGAUACAAAAGACUUUGGAAGUUUUCGUCUUUUUCACUUUUUAAAAAUUAGUUCAUUUUGUAGAGUACUCGAUAUUUCUUUGAUCUAGCUUCUCUUCCUUUUGAGGUUGGGUUGGAAUAUUUUGUCUUCGUUCACUUAUGUAUUGUGGAAACAGACGGUAUGACCCCUUUCAUGAUUUCAAAAUUUUACAAUACAAUUGGAAUAAUAUUGGAGUUUUUCUUUUUGGUGACCAUUGUUUAUUGAUUUUCGUUUCAUACCGGCCCUCACCUUACAAAAUAUACGUAAUAGGCGCGGCGCUAGAUACAUUCAAACCGCACUAAUUAAAAAAAAAAAACAGAAACGAAGGGUCAUUAUUCCAUUCGUUUAAAGGAGUGGCAAAUGAUAUCAUUCCCUGAUUGAGAAAACAAACAAAAAGUCUACAAAAUCUUUAUACGAAAAAUAGGGAAAGAAAAUUCAAAAGACGAAAAAAGUUGGGUAUGUCAAAUGGCCCCGCCCGUCAAACAGAAUAGAUGUUGGACAGAAGACACACAUUAUAAGAACUUUUUAGUGUAGUAGCAAUAAUAUUUGAAGAAGGUGCAACUCUACAGCAUCGGAGUGUCUCCAAAAAGUGCUCUUUUCCAUGGACGAAUUUUUGGAAACACAACACAAACGUACGCCGUUAGAAAAAAGAAGACUGGUAAUGAAAAAAAAAGGAUUGAUAAUAGUAAAUAUAAGGCGUACAUUCGCAGCGAGAUCGUCUAGUCGGCAGCAGGUAGACACUUGAUUCCAUUUCGCUGUACACCACCUCCAAAUAAUAUCAUGAGAUGGUGUCGACAGCUUUUUUUUAAAGAAAAGAGACUUGUCUCAAAUUUCUGCUACCGACAAAGAAACCCCUACACUGAGACACUGUAGAAUUAUAACAGAAUAGCAGGUCUGAGAAAGGAUAAGAUCUUCUAGUGACUCAACAAGGACUGGGAAGCAGA